AUGCGAGAAUUUUUGAAGAAAAAUGAGCAGAAUUUGGAGGAACUUAUUGUGAAUUUGGUGAAAAGUGGAGAUCGUGAAGUGCUGAAAAUGGUUUUUGAGAAAAUGGAGGAAUUGAUGCAAGAGCUUCAGAUGGGAAUUGUUGGAGACGAAAGAAAGAAAGGUGAGAUUUUUUUGGGAAUUUUUUUGAGGGAACAUUUUUUAUUUGCUUGAAAAUCUCGUUGUUUUUUUGCAGCCACUGCCCUCUUCGGCUCCACCAUCGAUUCAAAAAUCACCGAAAAACAAGCGAACUCCAUCGCUCGAAAUUUCGCCUGGAUUUCUAAAGCUUUCUCGAUUCUCCUGACAAACUCCCAACAAUCAAAAGCAGUUUUAGACGUAUUGACGAAAAUUGCACCACAGAUCGUCAAAUUCAAAGCCACCCUUCAAGAUCUUCAAAGUUCGGCCGCAAAAAUUGAGGAAAAAGUGGAAAAUCGCCAAACUUUUGAUAUUCUUUCGGAGACGAUUUCGAAUAUCUCUAGUUUGAUCAGCGAAUUUACACGAUAUCCUCUCGAAAAAACCGGCAGAAUUUAA